AUGAGUUCUGCUCCGAGCCGCAGCGAUUCUAUUCUAAGCGGUAGCAGUUCUAUUUUGAGGCGUCGCUCCGAGCUCCAGCUUCGCGACCUCACGGACAAUGACAUAGACUGGUUUACCCAACUUCUUUUCAUCGAGAAGGAUCAAACUAUGACUAAAGAAUGGUUCAAGAAUCAAGAAAAGGCCGCGAAAGAAUUCCCAGCCCAAUUUCUUCGGUCUAAGAUAUCUCGCGGUCUUUCCAGAGUUGGGUCUGCUCUCAACAUAGUCCCGCAGCAAGCCCACCUCUGCAAGACACACAAGGUACUCAACGCCAAACUGAUCCAUUUAUUCUUUGUCCUGGUCGUGAGAGAAUGCACUAUUGCGAAUGCUUCCCUGGUCACGGACUCCCUCAUCGGUGACCUUCCUGAGGAUGUAACUGCCUGGAUAAGACGCCUCCAUAGUCUCAACGGCUACUGGAUGUCGCCCCAAGUCUACCGCGCCAUAUUUCAACAUGAACCAAGUUACGCGCCAGUCGAAGGUGGUUGCGAGGCAUGCAUUCUAGCUCGCAUUGGUGGUAAUGCGGAAGCACUUUAUGAUUUGGAAGCAUCCGCUUUCACUCGUAGAAGUAAGCGAAGACUGGAACCGCGAAUCCUGAAGCUUCUGGACGGAUGGAUGCAUGAGCGAGGCAUGGACGAUGAUAAGCAUCCUGGGUACAAGAAGAGUCUGUUACUUAUUCAACAAAUCAAGAAAGCGAAGCUACGCCAACAAGUAUUUGAGGCCCGACAAAAAGAGUGUGAAUCUGACUUGGAUAAGGGCAAACAACCCUCUUCUUUACAGCCUAUGGCCCCGAUUCCCGAAAACGUGGAUGAAGAGGAGAAUAUCGAGGAUGAUGAGGAUCUGAUCGCUAUUAUCGAUUUCUAUGAUUAUCACAGGUCAACAGUUAGUCUAGAGCGUCCACCGUCUGAAUCUAUACAUCCUGCCCUUAGAGGAUCUUCAAUGGCACCUCGUCCGGGAACCGCAUCAUCUGUCGCAGGUGGAGCCUACGACACCCAGACUUCAUACGUCUCUCCGUUCCGAGCCACCGCUCAAAGACCAACACGUCCGCCUCCAGGACCGCCACCUCCGGCUCCUCAAGGUAAUGCUUUCUUCGAUAAGUUGGGGGCUGCGGGGCCUUCAAAAAGAGCGGUUGACGACGGAAAUGAGAGCGAAUGGACAGAUGAUACGGUUCACACAGAUUUGCCGGUCCCCGUCUCCUCUCGUUUUGCAAAGCGAGCCGCGGACCGCAAAGUAGCCGCAGACAGAACAGCAGAAGACAGAGCACAAGCUUACCGUGAUCUCGUAACCAGAUUUCUUUCUUCAUCCUCGACAAUUCGGCCCCCACCAAUAACUGGUGGAUCUGGAAACGAAGAGCAGCCACCUGUCGCAGCGACGUCGAAAGUUACAGAGUGGGGCGACUUUUACAAAGAUCAAUAA